UAGCUGCCAAUAAGAUCUCUUGCCUUCACAGAAUUGUAUUCACCUUAUGUUUACUAUAUCCUUUUCAUAUGCGCAUCUAUUAUUUACAGUGUUUGUGUAUAUAUUUGGAAUUGGACUACAUACGUAAAUGAUGUGUAAAAGUCACGGGUAUAUGACCUCUUGUUUAAACUCUUUUUUCUUCAUUCGUAUCACUUUUCUAAAAGUACAUGUUAAUUUCCUAGAAAAUGAGUUGUGGAAUAAAGGAAGCUUCCGCGUUUUCUCAAGUCAAAGAAAUACGACUAAGUAAUAAUAAUUCAGCCAAAACACAGGUCUCUUUCUCUCAUACUGAAAGAUCUAAACAUUUUCAAGGUCUCUGUCUCUGGUAUAUACCUUCUUUAAGUUCGACAAAGAAGCAAAUAUAGUUUGUUAAAAACUCAUUUAUCCACCCCUAGAAAAAUGUCUACAGGAUGUCUAAGCUGCUUCAAGAAGAAGCAAAGCAAGAAAGAAGACAAACCCGUGAAAACAGAGAGGUUGCCAGAGCCACUUGGAGAAAAAGAAGAUGUUGAAGAAAGAGAGGUUAUACAACAAUACAAAUUUCUGAAUGCAGAGAGAUUGCCAAAGCCAGUUGAAAAAAAAGAAACAGAUGUAAAGUGUAGCGCGUACAAGAAGAAGAACGAGGAAGACAUAUUCAGACCCGAACCAGGAUCAGGAUGGUCCUACCACUCACAUGUAGGCAGCAGCGAUGUUGAACCGAAAGUGAACGAAUAUUAUGGAGAUCACUACACAGGAACAGAUGCAUCUUCUUCAUCAAUGAAUAAUGAAUUCAACAAAGUGAAGACCUUUGAUAUACGAGGAGUCAAAGUAGCCACCACCACGGCCAAGUGAAUAUGAGAAAGAGGUUAUGCUUCGUUCAUCACAUGUUAACUUUGAGCAAUUGAUUUCUACUUUUAUGUAUCUGGUUAGAUAUUUAUCAAUGCAAGCAUAUCUGUUUGAAGGUUCAAA